AGAGAGGAGAGAGAGGAUUUGUGGCAUGUAGUUUGUCAGCUGUCAUUAGACACAGAUGACACACACACCGGAAUAAUCUCAAACCAGAAGAGAGGGAGAGAGAGAGCGAGAGAGAGAGAGAGCGCGAGAGAGAGAGGGGGGGGGAAAUACAAAGCCCUGUGUGUGUCUGUGCCGUACGAGUGUGUGUCUGUGCAGUACGUGUGUUUGCUGGCUGCCUGUUUGGUGUUAAAACCAGUGUGGCCGCCCGGCCGGCAUGGGAUGUUUGGCCGGCUCUGAAUUGGUUAUGGACUGGUCUAACCACAGCAAAGGUGCUGAUAUUUGCUGAAGAUGAGUACCGGGGGCGGGGACACCCCGGAGCCCCCCAGAGGGGGAGAGUCUCUGAAGAGGAAGGACUGUCAGGCAGACCUCCUGGGACCCAGCCCAAAGAGGAGUACUGAGAGAAGGAACCGGGAGCAGGAGAACAAAUACAUCGAGGAGCUGGCAGAGCUGAUCUUUGCCAACAUCAACGACAUGGAUGACCUCAACGUCAAGCCAGACAAAUGUGCCAUUCUGAAAGAGACUGUGAAGCAGAUCAGGCAGAUCAAGGAGCAGGAAAAGGCUCCGGUGGCUGAUGCAGAGGAGGUGCAGAAGGCCGAUGUCUCAUCCACUGGGCAGGGGGUCAUUGACAAAGACACACUUGGACCCAUGAUGCUGGAGGCCCUGGACGGCUUCUUCUUUGUUGUCAACAUGGAGGGGAACAUCGUCUUCGUGUCGGAGAACGUCAGCCAGUAUCUGCGCUACCAGCAGGAGGAGCUGAUGAACACCAGCGUCUACAGCGUGCUGCACGUGGGCGACCACGCCGAGUUCAUCAAGAACCUGCUGCCCAAGAGCCUGGUCAAUCAUCGAAGCAACGAUUCCUCCAACAGGAACAGCCACACUUUCAACUGUCGCAUGCUGGUGAACCCUCACGCUGACGGCGAAGCCCGGCUGGCCUCCGACCUGCAGGAUGCUGCGCAGCAGAAGUACGAAACCAUGCAGUGCUUCGCUGUCUCUGAACCAAAGUCUAUCAAAGAAGAGGGCGAAGAUUUUCAGUCCUGCCUCAUCUGUGUGGCCAGACGAGUCCCGGUCAAAGAGAGGCCCGUCAUGCCCACGUACGAGAGCUUCACCACACGGCAGGACCUUCAAGGUAAGAUCACGUCUCUGGAUACCAGCCUGCUGCGGGCGUCCAUGAAGCCGGGCUGGGAGGACCUGGUUCGGCGCUGCAUCCAGAGGUUCCACCUGCAGAAUGACGGGGAGAUGUCCUUUGCCAAGAAACACCAGCAAGAUGUGUUGAAGAACGGCCACGCUCUCAGCCCUCUUUACAAAUUCUCGCUGGCGGACGGCACCAUCGUCUCAGCUCACACUAAGAGUAAACUGGUUCGAUCUCCCGCCACCAACGAACCGCAGCUCUACAUGUCCCUGCACAUCCUGCAGAGGGAAAACGUCAGUGGCGUACCCUCCGACACACCGGGCGGCCAGAGCACAGCCAAACCUAUGACCCCCACCAGUGUGAGCGGACUCUCCCCGUCGCCGGACGCCAGCGUCACCAGCAACACCCACCACUCCACGGCGGCCUCCAGCACCCCCGGGCGUAUUUACGGUGCCGCGCCGGGACGGGCCCCCACACCUCAGGGAAACUGCCAUUCACUCAAGCUGGGCAGCCCCUUGGCCCUGGGGAGCCCGAGCGUCACCUCAGGGGCCCAGGGUGCCAUGUUGUCCCCCCGUCAUCGCCAGAGCCCCAACCCGGGGGCGAGCAGCAGCAGCUGUAGCAGCCCCCACGUCCCCCAGCAUCCCCCCGGUUCUUUCUCCCCUGCAGCCGGUCUCCACUCGCCGGCAUCUGUCUGCAGCAGCACAGGAAACAGCCAAGGCUUCAACUCCCUCAGCGCCCUGCAGGCGCUCAGCCAAGGCCACAGGGUUUCCCAGGGACUCUCGGAGGGACAGCAUCCAGAGUCGCCCGACAGAAAGCCUGUUUCCCUCCAGAGCCCUCUUCAUAGCACCAACACUGGCAGCCAGCAGGCCAAGAACAAUCCCAGCCUGGAGGCGGACCUGUUUGGUUCCUUUGAGGAGCAGCAGGACCAGGAGGGCGAGCAGUCCGAGGGCAAAGACGGGGACAGCUUCGGGGGGAGCGGGAGCCUGGGAGACCUCGGUGAUGCACCAAACCGCCUUCUGAGCACCAAAGGCCACACCAAGCUGCUCCAGCUCCUCACCACCAAGCUAGAACCCUCCGAUCCCUGCUCACCGCCGGGGCCCCUGGGGGACGAGCAGAACUGUAAGGACCAGCUGGGCGGGAUGGGCAGUGUCGGGGGCGCGGGACACAACAACCAUUCCACCUCACUAAAGGAGAAACACAAAAUCCUCCACAGGCUGCUGCAGAACAGCACCUCGCCUGUGGAGCUGGCCAAGCUGACGGCCGAGGCUACGGGCAAAGACCCCAUCGGCCCGGAGUCGUCAUCGGCCGACAGCAUGGCAGCUCUGGGUGAACUCUGCACCAAACAGGAGCCGAAGAAGGAGAAGAAGGAUGAAUUGCUUCGCUAUCUUCUAGACAGGGACGAUAACAGCAUUCUGGAUAAAGCCAUCAAGAUGGAGCCCGGUGAAGGACUGAAACUGUCCAGCGUGAAGACAGAGAAACCGGACCCAGGUUUCAAUAUGGCCGAACAGACCACUGAGCUGGAGAACCUUCUGGAGGGAUUCGAAAGUGGCGCCCAGCAGCAGCAGCAGCAGCAGCAGCAGCUCUUCUCCGGACACCCAGCCUCCAGAGGCGCGGCCUCUUCGUCCGCCUCUCCCUCGGUUCCCCCCAGCUCCUCUGUGGACAAACAGACAAUCAUCAGUGACAUCCUGCAGAUGGCCGACAGCGGCAGCCACAGCCCCCCGGGUCAGCACCCUGGCUUCCCCCCCAUGGGCCCUGCAGCAGGUUUUAAUGGUGCCAGGCCAGGCCAGCCGGGCCAAGGCGCUCCUCCCAUGAGGAGCAUGUCUCUGGACGGCGGCAUGGGGCCCAACGCCGGCCGGCCGUUCCCUCCUCAGCACCGGAGCAGCGGGCCCUACUCCUUACUGCAGCAGCAGCAGCAGCACCAAGGCAUGAUGGGAGCUCACACGGGUAUGGUCAACCAGCCCACAAUGGCCAACACGGCCAUGCGUGGUUCCAUGCAGCAAGGCUGGGGUCCCCAGGGGCCACUGGGGAGCACUGCAGGGCCCAUGAUGGGGCAGGGGGUGGGCCCCGGUCGCAUGGUGCCCAGCAUGAAUGCCUCCCUCCCCACACGGGGCAGCGGUCACCCCGGUUCCAGAGCCAUGGUCAACAUGCAGAUGAUGGGCGGCGAGAUGGAACUGGCCACCCCUCCCUACCCCCACCAGCAAGCUCCACCCAAUCAGACCGCUCCGUGGCCCGACCGGAUGAUGGAGCACUACGGAAACCAAAGCAGGCCACCGUACGGCAUCCCCCAGGAGGACGGCCUAGGGUGCUGCGGCUCGGGGCCCGAGGGCCCGCCUGAUGAAGGAGCUCUGCUCAACCAGCUGUGCUUGGUGCUCAAAGACUACGAGGGUCUGGAGGAGAUCGACAAGAUGCUGGGGAUCCCCACUCUGGCAGGACAGGGGCCGCUCUCGGACCAGGACCAGUACCUGGGCUCCCCGGACCCCACAGCUGGCAUGAAGCCCCCCCUCUACAGUCAACACUACGGGGGCCAGCCGGGUUAUGGCGGCAUGCCUCCCGACGGCGGCUACCACGGCCCCUCUAUGGGGGGCCACAUGGGCCCUCAGAGGAUGGCUCCUGCGGGCUACCCUCCAAUGAUGAGGAUGCCCGGGGGCGCGGGGCCCCGGCCAGCCGGCAUGAGGCCCGGGGGGCCCAACCCCAUCGUCCCCACGCAGCCCAACAACCUGAGGCUCCAACUGCAGCACAGACUUCAAGCCCAGCUGAACCGCCAGCCGAUGGUGAACCAGAUGGGUGGAGUGUCCAACAUGAAUCUACCUCUAAGGUCGAAUGUACCAACCCAGGGAACCCUCAACGCCCAGAUGCUGGCCCAGCGCCAGCGAGAGUACCUCAGCAACCACCUCCGGCAGCGCCAGCAGCAGCACGUGCAGCGGGCCAUGAUGAUGCGCGCUCAGGGCAUCAACAUGCCGCCCAACAUGCCCAGCGGGGGCGCCGCGCCCACGCCGAUGCCCAUGGGCGGCACCAACCCGCGGCUACCCCAGGGCAACCCGCAGCAGUUCCCCUACCCGGCCUCCAGCUACGGUACAGGCCUCCCCUCUCCUCCUCUCCAUCCAGGCUCCUCCAGCCCCUUCUCCUCCCCUCUGUCACCCAGCCAUCACCUGGCUAGCCAGGGCAUGAUGGGAAGUGUAGGCGGGCAGUACGGCGGGAUAAUGAGCCCGCCGCCUCAGCACAGUGCCUUCCAGUUCGGCAGUCCAGGUAUGAACCAGCAGCAGCAGCAGCAGCAGCAGCAGCACCAGGAUCCGGGGUCCUGCUACCCGUGUGGAGCCGCCACCCCUCAGAGCCCCCUGCUGUCCCCCAGGAUGGGCCAGGGUCAGACCGCCAUGCUGCAGCAGAACCAGGGCCAGCCUCAGUCCCAGGGUCCCGGCCAGGGAGUCCCCCCUAGCUACCAGCCCGGCGCCGACCUCAACGGCUGGCCGCAGAACGCCAACAUCUCCACCAGCAGCAGUGUGUACCCGCAGCAGGCCCAGUCUCGGUACGCCACGCAACCCAACGGAGGAAUGUACAGUGGAAACAACAACAUGAACCUUGGCGUCGCCAUGGCGACCAACGGCGGCAGCAUGAAUCCGAUGUCGGGUCAGCUGAGCUCUAUGGCCUCCAUGAACGCUGACCCGGUGAGCGACAGCAGCCUGAUCCUGGAGCAGCUCGCAGGGAUCGACAUGUUGACGCAAGAGAGCGAAAACAACUCGAACUUCUGCUGACCCAAGCUUUGGUUUGAGACGAGCGAACCGCGGAGCCCAUCCAACCGAUGAAUCCAGCUCAGCUCAGAAGCUGGAAGGGCUGGAUGGAAACACUGCUCCCUUGUGACAAUUCACAGGCACCAUAGGACUGUAGAGGACUUCAAAACCAUCAGAGAUACCAACAGGGAAACAUCCUGAGAGCAGACACUAGAAAAACCCUUUCAUUAAUGUUAUUUUUACAUUUGGGUGAACAAUCAAGUCUGCUGCCCAUAAAUGAAAUUAAAAAAAAACAAAAAAAAAAACAACAGCAAUUAACUGAGUUCUGUAAAGUUUUCUGUGAAGGUUUUAACAGAAGAAAGGUGGAAAAGCUGUUGGAUUUAAAUGAUGCCAAGAUAUUUAAGAAGAGUAUUGGAAUGGAUUGAGAUUUGUAACAGAAUUUAUUGUAUUAAAAAAAAUAGUGGAUGUUUAAGUUGGAUGGAAGUUGGGGGCAGAACUGCUAAAAAUGUUAAAUGGAAGUAUAUGGAAUUCACAUAUGAUGAAAAAAUAGCUUCCUCCAAACUAUGAAGAUCAGCUAAAUAUAUUGAAUUCUGUCUAAAUAUACACAACAAAGUUUUUACCAAUUAAAAUGUUAAAGUAUAUUAUAUCUGAGUAUAUUUGAAAUUCAAACUAAAAACAAAUUCUCCAUAAUUCAAAAUCAAGAUAGAUAAAUCCGAUAAAUCAUUCAGAUAAAUCCUCUCUCUGCUCAGACGAGUGUUUCCCUCUGUCGUCUCCCUACCGUGAUGCUCUCGGCUCUCAGAGACGGUCAAUCCAUGAAGGACAUGUUAUUUGUGUGUGUGUGUGUGUGUGCGCGCGCGUGUGCGUGUAACUCCAACAGUUUCCGCUACGGUUUGACACUGGAGAGGCGAAUUCGACCUCUGCGUUUUAUCUUUUACGGUUCUCUUUCAGAGCCCGACUGAAGGCGACAAUGAGAAGGUUUAUUGAUAAAGAAGAAAAAAAAAAACAUAUUUUACAGGUAUUUAUAGUUUUGAAGACGUUUUAGAGAUUCUUUGUAUGAUGCAUUUACAAAAAAAAAAAAAAAAAAAUCAAGGAUAUCUAUCUUUAAGAAAAUCUCACUAUGGUACAUGAUGAUGUCGAUUUUAAAAUUAAUAUAUAUAUUUGAACUACUGUAGUUACGGGCGACCUGCGUCCCUGUUUAAUGACUUUUUGAAUGAAGGUAAUUGUGUAUAGCUAGUGUACAUAGUUUUUAAUACCAUUUUCUCCUCUGACUAGUAUUUUAAAGCAGCAGUUUGGGAGUCAGUCCCACGCAGAGUGCAGAAAUGAGUCGUUGGUUAAAUCAGCUGUGAAGUCAGAAUGGAAACAGAGUGAUAGAAAUUGAUUCCUUCCGUGAAAUCGAGGGGAAGAAAGAUCUGCUGGACAAUGUUACAAAACGGCUCAAAGGUUUAGUUUACAGCUCAAGUCUUUUGGCAUUUUAGUGCAGUUUGGUUCAGAUCUGGAGCUGUGGGGACAAAAUCUGAACAAUUUCCAUAAGUUUGUUUUGCAAAUGUUGCUUGAAAUCUUAGUUUUUGGCUCCAAUUAUAAGCAUUUUGUUUAACUUAUUAGCCAUUAUCGUAGGAUAUUUUGUCCCAGAUGAACAAAAUUCUUUCAAAAUUUUAGGAUUUUGUUAAAUGUUUGCAUUUGGCUCCAAAUUUAAUCCUUUUGUUCAAAACAUUGGCAUUCUUCAACUCAUAUUCUAAUAAUUUGGCUCUGAAUGUCUCCAUUUUGAUCAGAAUGUUACCAUCAAACUCUAAAUGUUUGUAUUUUGUUUGAAAUGCCAGCACUGAUUUAAAAAUGUUCGCAUUCGGCUCAGUACAGCUCGACCUAAAUCGCUUUCUCUCUUCACUGAUUUUCAUUCAACAAGUCAAUCUGCACCAGUGUGUUUUUACCUUGCUGAGAUUUAACCAAUGAGAUCAUUUCUGCCUCUGAAAACAGCUGAUCAAACUGCACAGAGGAACAGUUCGGACUGUUGCUUGGUUUCUACACACUCUGCACCCCAACAUUCAUUUAAAAAAAAAAAACGAAAAACAACAAAAAAAAAAAAACUGGUUUUCCUGACAGACUGGAGCCUUCAGGAAGGAGUUGUUGCACUGAAUCCAUUUGAAAGGUGCUCAUUCUGGGUGCUGUUUGCUGCACAUAAGCUUGAAAUUGUGAACAAAACCCGAGUUCGGACGGCGCCGGUGUGCUUCUGAAUAUCUCCCUCACAUCUUCCCCUCUGUGUGGAAACCAAGCGAACAUUAAUGCACAGUAACUGUGGAUGUUGUACAAUGAAUGAUUUCACUUGAUUUCCACUUUUUUUUUUUUUUUCUUUCUUGAUCCUCAGAUGUAUAUUUUAUUAGCUGCAAAUGACUGUAUUCCAUGUACCUUGAAGAUGCUGAAGACUUAGCAUAAUGCCUUAGACGAGUGUUUCUGUGUCCGGUGUGUAACUGUGAGGUUUACAGGUGUGAAGUGUGUGUGUGUCACGUACUGCAGAGUUUCACAAGGUUUCUCACUUUCUCACCCCACCAUUAAUGCUGGAAAGUUACUUUCACUGUGUUUCGCAAAUGCAAAAACAGCACGUUUAUUCUUUUUUCUUUUUUUUUUUUUUUAUGGGUAGUUUCACUGGAAUCCUCCACGAGGCAUUGUGUUUAGUUUUAAGGGGGCAUUAUGUGUGUUUUAUUUUCCCCUCUUUUCUAUUUUUCACAUUUUCUAUUCAAGCCACGCCAGACUGCAAAUGCAUUGAGCAAUCCAGCGCAGACGUACGACUCUUUCUGCCAAAACGUGGCACAAUAUUUAAUGUUUGAGGCUCAGAAAGCCACAACAGUGAUAGCAAAGUAAAUUUGAUUUUUGAUUCACAUCUCAAGUUUCCACACCAAUGUCAAAUAUGAAAUGUUGAUAAAAGAUAAAGAUUUUCUGUACAGAAGACAAGCUCAGAGAAUGGUUAACAUGAAGAGAUUAAAACUACAGCAAGUUACAGGGGGAAAAAAGUGACUUAUAAUAUUAAUUAUUAUUCAGAUUCAGGGGAUUUGCAGCCGUGCUUGAAUCUAUGAUUAAUCAGAUACAAUGGUACCAAAUAUGAAGGAGUAUUUACUCAUAAAGAAACACACUUACUGCCCCCUUAAGACAUUCUCACAGCGACGAGGCCACUGUGAAAGUUAAUCCAGAUUAUCUCUUCGAUCUGCUUCCCACUCACCAAACCGAAGGAUUUUGACUUUACGUUGAGAUAUACAUCCAGUGUAGUCGAAGCAGAAGGCCGGUGUCGGGGAGAUGAAAGCAUUUAAUGACUGUUUUUGGAUGAUUUGAAGGACCCUCUCCUGUUGUGAUGUUCAUAUUAAACAUCUCAGCAGUGGCUCAGUCCCAGUUCAGACGCUCUGUUUCUACAGUGUGAGUGUUUUAUUAUGCAGAAGUCCGGGCGUUCACACACUUUAUGCAAGCUGUCAACUCUAAUGUUGCUUCUUUUUUUUUUUUUUUUUUUUUUUUUGCCAAUGCUGCUUGUUAAUUUAUGAUUCAUGCCACUGUAAAUAAAUUAUUUUUAUUGA